AUGUUGUGGAAACUAGCAGAUAAUGUCAAAUAUGAAGAGGACUGUGAGGACCGGCACGACGGGAGCAGCAAUGGGAACCCCAGGCUCCCCCACCUCUCCGCCGUCAGCCAGCACUUGUACAGCCCGGCUCCCCAGCUCUCCCAUUCCGGGACGUCCGACUUCCAGCCCCCCUAUUUCCCACCCCCCUACCAGCCUCUGCCUUACUCCCAGUCCAGCGAUCCCUACUCCCACCUCGGGGACCCCUUCUCCAUUAACCCGCUCCACCAGCCUCCUCCCCCGCCGCCCAGCCAGCAGCAGGCCGCCUGGCCCAGCCGGCAAAGCCAGGAUCCCUCCGGCCUGGUCCAUCAUGCCAGGCCUGGCCUGGUCCCUCAUCUCUCGGCGCUGGAGAGCGGCUCUGCUGGGGGCAGGAGGGAAACCUACAGGCGCUCGGAGCUCCUCCUGCCCCACGGACAUGGGCUGGACGCUUCCACGCUCGCCGAGAACCUGGGGCUGCACGAGAUGGCUCAUCACAUGGAGGAGGUGCCGAAUGUGGAAGAUCAACACUUAUUAAUGCAUGACCAGACAGUCAUUAGAAAAGGUCCCAUUUCAUUAACAAAAAACAGCUCGCUGAGUCUCCCCUGCCAGAAGGAUGGAUUAAUUGGAGUGGUGAUAAACCCCAAUGAAGUGUUUUGCUCUGUUCCGGGGAGACUUUCUCUGCUGAGUUCCACAUCUAAAUAUAAAGUGACAGUAGCAGAGGUUCAGAGAAGGCUCUCGCCUCCAGAAUGUCUAAAUGCCUCCUUGCUAGGAGGAGUUCUCCGAAGAGCCAAAUCUAAAAAUGGUGGCAGAUCAUUAAGGGAAAAACUGGAUAAAAUUGGCUUGAAUCUUCCAGCUGGUAGAAGGAAAGCUGCAAAUGUGACAUUAUUGACAUCUUUGGUGGAAGGUGAAGCUGUACAUCUUGCUCGUGACUUUGGUUAUGUAUGUGAGACAGAGUUUCCUUCCAAAGCAGUGGCUGAAUAUUUAACCAGACCACACUUGGGCCGUAAUGAGAUGGCUAACAGGAAAAAUAUGCUUCUUGCUGCAAAGCAGAUAUGUAAGGAAUUCACAGACCUCCUCACUCAGGAUAGAACUCCUCUUGGAAACACUAGACCUAGUCCAAUCUUGGACCCUGGCAUCCAGGGCUGUUUGACUCAUUUUAGCCUGAUCACGCAUGGCUUUGGGAGUGCUGCCAUCUGUGCUGCCAUGACAUCCGUCCAGAACUACCUAAAUGAAGCAUUAAAAAUAGCAGACAAAACAUAUAUGAACACUGGCGACCAAAGUCCUGCAGAAACCAACAAAAACAUUGAUAAAAUGGAUAAGCACAGGAAGUAA